AUGGCAGAGACAUACACGCGCGACGAGGUCGCCAAGCACACCACCGCGGACUCGCUGUGGUUCAUAAUCGACAGCAAAGUCUACGAUGCUAGCGAGUUCGUCGACGCGCACCCAGGCGGCGAGUCCGUCCUGCGACAAGUCGCCGGCACCGACGCAACGGUGGCCUUCUACAACCUGCACCGGCACGAGGUGCUCGCCAAGUACGACUCCGACCUAGUCAUCGGCACCGUCGCAGGCGAGAAGCCCACCAUCAUCACACCAGCACCAGGCGACCUCUCGCCCGUGCCCUACGCCGAGCCGCUGUGGCUCACACCGACCUACAAGUCGCCGUACUACGGGGAGUCGCACCGGCGGCUGCGCAAGGCCGCGCGCGUCUUCACCGACACGUACAUCACGCCCGAGGCCCAGGCGCGCGAGGCCGACGGCAAAUACAUAUCGCAGGAGCUCGUGGAGCGUAUGUCGAAAGUCGGGCUGUUGCACAUGCGGCUCGGGCCGGGGAAGCACCUACACGGCGUAGACCUCCUAGACGGAGCCGUCAAGGGCGAGGAGUACGAUUACUUCCACGACCUCCUCAUGGCGCAGGAGGGCGUCAGGGCCAACGCGCGCGGGUUCCAGGACGGAUCGUUGGCCGGAAUGGUGAUAGGGCUCCCGUGUGUUAUGAAUUUUAUGAAGGACGAGAAGCGCAAGAAGGCCAUCAUGGACGAAGUCUUCAGCGGCAAGAAGUACAUGUGCCUGGCCAUCACCGAGGCGUUCGCCGGCUCCGACGUGGCCGGCCUGCGCACGACGGCGACCAAGACGCCCGACGGGAGGCACUACAUCGUCAACGGGACCAAGAAGUGGAUCACCAACGGCGUAUUCAGCGACUACUUCGUCACGGGCGUCAAAACAGAUAAAGGCUUGAGCGUGCUGCUGAUCGAGCGCGGCGAGGGCGUCGAGACCAAGCCCAUCAAGACGUCGUACUCGCCCGCCGCCGGUACCGCCUACAUCACCUUCGACGACGUCAAGGUGCCUGCCGAGAACCUGCUCGGCGAGGAGAACAAGGGCAUCUACGUCAUCCUGAGCAACUUCAACCACGAGCGCUGGACCAUGGCCUGCGCAACCAUCCGGCAAUGCAGAACGGUCGUAGAAGAGUGCCUCAAGUGGUCACACCAACGCCUCGUCUUCGGCAAGCGCCUCAUCGAGCAGCCCGUCAUACGGCAGAAACUAGCCAAAAUGAUCGCCCUCACCGAGUCGCACCAAGCCUGGCUCGAGACGAUAACCUACCAGAUGUGCCACAUGCCCUACAAGGAGCAGUCCAAGCACCUGGGCGGGCCCAUCGGCCUGCUCAAGAUGAGCAUCACGCGCGCCGCGCACGAGAUCGCCGACGAGUCGGUGCAGAUCUUCGGCGGUCGCGCCCUCACCCAGAGCGGCAUGGGCAAGGUCAUCGAGAUGUUCCACCGCACCUACAAGUUCGACGCCAUCCUCGGCGGCUCCGAGGAGGUGCUCGGGGACCUCGGCGUGCGGCAGGCCAUGAGGCAGAUGCCGAAUGCGAAGUUGUGA